GUGAACGCAUCUCGGCAGCGGCUGGCAGGAAACAAUUCUGCAAAAAUAAUCGUACUCAGCCUGGCAAUUGUCUGCCCCUAGGUCUGUUGCUCUGCCGCCGUCCACACUCGCUGCAAGGGGGGGCAGAGAAUUUACCGCGGCAAGAACAUCCCUCCCGGCCAGCAGAUUACAAUGCUGCAAACUAAGAAUCUCAUCUGGACUUUGUUUUUCCUGGGAACUGCAGUUUCUCUGCAAGUGGAUAUUGUUCCCAGCCAAGGGGAAAUCAGCGUGGGAGAGUCUAAGUUCUUCCUGUGCCAAGUGGCCGGAGAUGCCAAAGAUAAAGACAUCUCCUGGUUCUCCCCCAACGGAGAGAAGCUCACCCCAAACCAGCAGCGGAUCUCGGUGGUAUGGAACGAUGACUCCUCUUCCACCCUCACCAUCUACAACGCCAACAUCGAUGAUGCCGGCAUCUACAAGUGCGUGGUCUCCGCGGAGGAUGGCACCGAGUCAGAGGCCACGGUCAACGUGAAGAUCUUCCAGAAGCUCAUGUUCAAGAACGCGCCAACCCCACAGGAGUUCAGGGAGGGAGAAGAUGCCGUGAUCGUGUGUGAUGUGGUCAGCUCCCUCCCCCCAACCAUCAUCUGGAAGCACAAAGGCCGAGAUGUCAUCCUGAAAAAAGAUGUCCGAUUCAUAGUCCUGGCCAACAACUACCUCCAGAUCCGGGGCAUCAGGAAAACAGAUGAAGGCACUUACCGCUGUGAGGGCAGGAUCCUGGCCCGCGGGGAGGUCAACUUCAAGGACAUUCAGGUCAUCGUGAAUGUGCCGCCCACUGUCCAGGCCAGACAGAGCAUAGUGAAUGCCACCGCCAACCUCGGCCAGUCCGUCACCCUCGUGUGCAACGCCGAAGGCUUCCCAGAGCCCACCAUGAGCUGGACAAAGGACGGGGAGCAGAUAGAGAAUGAGGAGGACGAGAAGUACCUGUUCAGCGACGACAGCUCCGAGCUGACCAUCAGGAGGGUGGACAAGAGCGACGAGGCCGAGUACGUCUGCAUUGCCGAGAACAAGGCGGGCGAGCAGGACGCGUCCAUCCACCUCAAGGUCUUCGCAAAACCCAAAAUCACCUACGUAGAGAACCAGACUGCCAUGGAACUGGAGGAACAAGUCACUCUUACCUGUGAAGCCUCGGGAGACCCCAUUCCCUCAAUCACCUGGAGAACGUCCACCCGAAACAUCAGCAGUGAAGAAAAGGCUUCGUGGACUCGACCAGAGAAGCAAGAGACCCUGGACGGGCACAUGGUGGUGCGCAGCCACGCCCGCGUGUCGUCCCUGACGCUGAAGAGCAUCCAGUACACCGACGCUGGGGAGUACGUCUGCACUGCCAGCAACACCAUCGGCCAGGACUCCCAGUCCAUGUACCUCGAAGUGCAAUAUGCCCCCAAGCUGCAGGGCCCUGUGGCUGUGUACACUUGGGAGGGGAACCAGGUAAACAUCACCUGCGAGGUGUUUGCCUACCCCAGUGCCACUAUCUCAUGGUUCCGAGACGGUCAGCUGCUGCCCAGCUCCAACUACAGCAACAUCAAGAUCUACAACACCCCAUCGGCCAGCUACCUGGAGGUGACCCCAGACUCUGAAAAUGAUUUUGGAAACUACAACUGUACCGCAGUGAACCGCAUCGGACAGGAGUCUUUGGAAUUCAUCCUUGUCCAAGCAGACACCCCAUCCUCACCGUCCAUCGACCAGGUGGAGCCAUACUCUAGCACAGCACAGGUGCAGUUUGAUGAGCCAGAGGCCACAGGCGGGGUGCCCAUCCUCAAAUACAAAGCUGAGUGGAGAGCGAUGGGCGAGGAGGUGUGGCACUCCAAGUGGUAUGAUGCCAAGGAAGCCAGCAUGGAGGGCAUCGUCACCAUCGUGGGCCUCAAGCCUGAGACGACGUAUGCAGUCCGGCUGGCAGCCCUCAACGGCAAGGGCCUGGGCGAGAUCAGCGCCGCCUCCGAGUUCAAGACACAGCCAGUCCGGGAACCCAGCGCACCUAAGCUCGAAGGGCAGAUGGGAGAGGAUGGAAACUCUAUUAAGGUGAAGGUGAUCAAGCAAGACGACGGCGGCUCCCCUAUCCGACACUACCUGGUCAAAUACCGAGCGAAGCUCUCCUCCGAGUGGAAACCAGAGAUCAGGCUCCCAUCUGGCAGUGACCACAUCAUGCUCAAGUCCCUGGACUGGAAUGCCGAGUACGAGGUCUAUGUGGUGGCCGAGAACCAGCAGGGCAAGUCCAAGGCGGCGCACUUUGUGUUCAGGACCUCGGCCCAGCCCACAGCCAUCCCAGCCAACGGCAGCCCCACCUCGGGCCUGAGCACUGGCGCCAUCGUGGGCAUCCUCGUCGUGACCUUCGUCCUGCUCCUGGUGGCCGUGGACGUCACCUGCUACUUCCUGAACAAGUGUGGCCUGCUCAUGUGCAUUGCCGUCAACCUGUGUGGCAAAGCCGGGCCCGGAGCCAAGGGCAAGGACAUGGAGGAGGGCAAAGCUGCCUUCUCGAAAGACGAGUCCAAGGAGCCCAUCGUGGAGGUGCGAACGGAGGAGGAGCGGACCCCGAAUCAUGACGGAGGGAAGCACACGGAGCCGAACGAGACCACGCCGCUGACGGAGCCCGAGCUGCCUGCUGACACCACAGCCACUGUGGAGGACAUGCUGCCUUCUGUCACCACCGUCACCGCUAACUCUGACACUAUCACCGAAACCUUUGCCACUGCUCAGAACAGCCCCACCAGUGAGACCACCACCCUGACCUCCAGUAUCGCCCCCCCGGUCGCGGCCACCCCUGAUUCAAACUCUGUGCCCGCCGGCCAGGCCACCCCGUCCAAGGGGACCGGCGUCACUGCCGCCUCCCCGGCCCCGGCCCCAGCCCCCAAGGUCGCCCCUCUCGUUGACCUGAGCGACCCUCCAACCUCAGCCCCGGCCGCCAGCAACCUGUCCUCUGGCGUCCUGGCCACCCAGGGGGCCGUGCUCAGCCCCAGCACCCCGGCCAGCGCGGGCGAGGCCCCCAAGGCCCCUCCAGCCAGCAAGGCCGUCUCCCCGUCGGGAGCCAGUCCCCUGGCAGCUGCCCCGACGGCCCCUGCCCCGGAAGCCCCCCAGGCCAAGCAGGAGGCUCCCGGCACCAAAGGUCCGGACCCCGAGCCCACCCAGCCCGGCGCCUCGAAGAGCCCACCCGAGGCCGCCAGGGCCCUCGCCAGCCCGAAGAGCGAGGCGGCCUCCGUCAGCACCACAAACCCUGCCCAGGGCGAGGACUUUAAAAUGGACGAAGGGAACUUCAAGACCCCAGAUAUUGACCUUGCCAAGGAUGUUUUUGCAGCCCUGGGCUCUCCUGCUCCCGCCGCUGGGGCCAGUGGACAAGCCUCUGAGCUUGCUCCUUCCACGGCCGACGGCUCUCUUCCGCCUGCACCAGCCAAGACCGAGAAGGGUCCCGUAGAAGCGAAGCCGGAGACAGAAACGAAGCCAGCGCCAGCCGAAGUCCAGACGGUCCCCAACGAUGCCACACAAACAAAGGAGAAUGAGAGCAAAGCGUGAUGGGUGACGAGACACCAGCAAAGAUCAAAAUAAAAAGUGACACAACAGCUUCACCAGAGCAUCUCCAAUAUCUCACACACACACACAUGCACACACACACACACACGCACACACACACACACAUUUCAUUCCUCUAGUGUCUUUUGCCUUUAAAAAAAAAAAAAAACUAAGCAGAUCAACAUGGGAUCUCCUUUUUGUAGAUUUAUAGAAAGGGUUCCUUUGUUGCGCACUCACUUGUAAGAAAAUGAGACAAAAACGUGAAACCCACAGCCAAACUAGGACACUCGGUUCCCUGAAACCAUUUAAAAAUCAAACAAAAGGACCCCAAAUUAAGAAUCUAGGAAGCUCAGAAGAAAAAAGAAUCUAGGUUCAGGAUUUUGGUGUUGCCGAACCGGCACAGACCGGGUUCAGAGAAAUAACUUCCAGACGCUAAGACUAACCGAAUGAACAAAGUCCAAGUUUAUUUUUCUACUUUCAGUCGAGUUUGGACUCU